CCGUUAGAGACUGUGUUAUAAAGAGAUACGCAAAGAGAAAAGCAGUAAAUAUGGCAACCCUUUGCUGAUAUUUUAUUUUAAACAUUUCUGGCAACCACAUUUAUUUUCGCAUGACUUUUCAUACGCACUAGAAAGUGUAAUGAAAUUUCGAAACUUUGUGAGGAUAUAUUACUGAGUUUCAGUGCUUGUUCAUACAAUUAUAAUAAUUUCCAAUGCAUCACUCAUAACAUGAGCAUGACGAACACAUUUUUCGUUGGAACCAUAAUUGCACGUGAUUCACAGAAUUUGAACUGAUCGCAACACACAUUCUGUACGAAAAGUAACACGCAUGAGUUUGUUUACUUUGCACACUUGGAGCCUCGAUUUGACGGUUCACUUUGAGUUUUCGACCUCACUGUUUGCGUAUCUGUUCAUAACACCGUCUGUAGUAUCCGUGUUUCUAAAUUUAAAAAUACCAAUGAAUCGCUACCUUAUUAAUUUGUCUUACAUCGGGACACAGUUCAGGGGGAUUCAAAAAAAUCUCGUAAAAGAAAAUCCUUCCUUGGACGAUCCUCAUUCGGUAGAAGGUCUUUUAGAGAUUGCACUGAAGAAGUUAUGUCCAGUUAACGAUUUUAAGAUCAAAUUAUCAAGCAGGACAGAUGCCGGCGUGCACGCUCUCCACAACACAGUCCAUGUUGAUCUAGAAAGACGCAACGGAAAACCUUAUGAAGAGGAUAAAGUCACCCGACGUUUAAACAGAGCAUUCGGGUCACAAGAGCUUCCGAUCCGAGUAAUCAGCACUCAGCUGGUUCCCAUGAGCUUUCACGCACGUCUUUGCGCCAAAUCACGUACCUACCUCUACCGAUUAGCUGUGUUAAGGCGAAAGUAUUGCGAAGGUACCUCGAUGCAUGCCUUAACCCGGUUUAUUCCCAUUGAGGAACACGAUCGGUGCUAUUUUGUUGCUAAUCCCACAUUCAAUAUCGAAAGGUUUCAACAAGCUGCCAGUUUGUUCGUAGGGUAUCACGAUUUUCGUACGUUCAUGGCAGUAUCCCGGGGUAAUCCCAGACAACAGGACGCAUCGUUCACCUUGAGAAGAAUUCAUGAUAUAUCAGUUGUAAAGGGUGCACCUAUGGUUUCGACAUUCAACCGCGAUUUGGCGGAACAGUAUUACGAUUACUGGGACAUUCGGAUAAAAGGACGUUCAUUUUUAUACAAACAGGUGCGACGUAUGAUAGGCACUUGGAUUGCAGCUGCAGAAGGACGUAUAACGGAAAGGGACGUGCAGCAAAUGCUUACAGUACCCUCGGCGCAUUCCUGGUGUGACCGAGCCGUAGUGGCUCCAGCUUACGGACUCUACCUUUGUCAGGUUGAAUACGAUUCGGUUGAUUUAGCGUUUACCGCGCAGAAUGAGUUUCCUCGAGCAGCUGAAGCUAAGCAAACAGGGACUACAACCAACUGAAACUACCGUGACCUACGCGGAUGGGUCCCGAAAAAUCUUCCGCGGUGAACUGGAACGCUCUGCCCCAUCACGACUUGGAUUCAUUGUUGACAACAGCCCAGAUCAGACACCUGCUUGCAUUCUCCAGAAUUUUCUCUAUCUUGGAUCACAGGAUUGUGUUAGAAAAGAAGUUAUCGAAAAAUAUG